CGAUCUUCAAUCCCCUGACUCAAACGGCUGCCACACAUGGAGUUCAUUGGUUCAGGGGCUAUUCUUUUGUAGGAAUUGACCCAGUACUUGUGCAUAUAGUGACCACCUGCCAACGGCAUCUGUGGAGAUAAUCCACACUACUAAACUCCAAUUCAAUACAUGUUGCAAUAUAUAUAGACUAUGUCUCUCUUUCUCUCUUUAGUUUUCUGCACUUGAUGUACCAAUAAACACUCUUGCGCCUUUUUACUCCAACUAUAAUGUGCCCCUCGUCAACCACCUCCGAUUCCCAAUGGCAUGCCUUCUUGCACGGCCUUCCCAAAUGCGAACACCACGUCCAUCUCGAAGGUUGUCUUACGCCAUCUCUCAUCUUCCAGCUCGCGGCCAAGAACAACUUCGCUUUGCCCAGUCCAGCCAUCAAUGCUGCAUACGCUUCCAUCGAAACCCUAACAGCCCGCUACGGCAGCUUCACCUCGCUCGACGACUUCCUCGCCUUCUAUUUCAUCGGCAUGGGGGUUCUCAAAGACAAAAGCGACUUUGAGGAGCUCGCUUGGGCGUACUUCCAAAGGGCGUAUGAAGACGGCGUGCACCAUGCAGAGGUCUUCUUUGAUCCGCAGGUGCAUAUGGAGCGCGGCGUGGAGUACCGCGUUAUUGUCGAUGGGUAUGUUGCAGGCUGUAAGCGGGCUGAACGGGAGUUGGGGAUGACUACGCGUCUGAUUAUGUGCUUCUUGAAGCAUUUGCCGUUGGAGUCUGCGGCGGGUCUUUAUGCUACGGCUUUGGGAGAGGGCCAUCUUGAUGAUAUGCAUAAUGGAGUGAUUCAUGGCCUGGGGUCUUCGUCGAGUGAGGUUGGUCCGCCCAAGGAUCUGUUCAGGCCUAUCUAUGUCUCUGCUGCGGAGCGCGGGGUCAGAUUAACGGCGCACGCUGGCGAGGAGGGGGAUAGUUCAUAUAUUGCUGCAGCAUUGGAGAUGGGUGCUACGCGAAUUGACCAUGGGAUUCGACUUGUUGAAGAUGUCGAGCUGAUGAAGAGAGUUGCGAGAGAGGGGGUGUUGUUAACGGUUUGUCCGGUGUCGAAUGUGCAGUUGAAAUGUGUGAGCUCUGUAUCGGAGGUGCCUAUUCGGGCAUUCCUUGAUGCUGGCGUGAGGUUUAGCAUCAACAGUGACGAUCCGGCGUACUUUGGGGCGUAUGCACUGGAGUGCUAUUGUGCGGUGCAAGAGGCAUUUGGGUUGAGUGUGGAUGAAUGGAGGCUCAUUGCGGAGAAUGGGGUCCACGGAAGUUGGAUUGAAGAGGAGAGAAAGGGAGAGUUGUUAAGGAAGAUUGAGGAACAUGUUAGCAGGUUUGAGGGGCUUUUAUAAGAUGAGUCUUGUAUAGAGACUGGUGGUGUUUGUAAGAGCGUGUGCAGUUAUUUUUUAAGCCGACAACUUAUCGGUGGUUGAAUCGGGCGAUAAUUGAGAUAUAUUGGACAUAACAUAAAUGAAAACAACAAACUAAUUUGCCGAUACUGUUGUAAAUGAAUUGAGAGUUGUACGAGAGUCGUGGAUGUGUAAUGGUG